AUGGAUAGUGUUAUUAGUGUAAUAUCGGAUGGAUUCUAAAUAAUAUAGAUAAAAAUUGUUAUCCGAUUGAAGGUGAUAUAUUAGUAGUAGGAUAAGAAUAAUGUGAUGAUGGCAACCAAAUUUAAAAUGAUGGUUGCUUUUUAUCAUAAUAUUAAUAUCCAAUAUCAUGUGAAUAAGGCUUUUAAGGAUUGUGUUAAAAAUGUAUAUCUGGAUUUUUUAUGAUUAAUAAUAUUUGUUAAGAAAACAAUUUCGAUGGAUUAGUGAUUGGAAUAGAAUAAUGCGAUGAUUAAAAUUUGAUUGGAUUAGAUGGUUGCUUUUAAAAUAGAUUUGAUUGCCCUUAAUUUUGUUUAAGUUGUGUUUUUGGAAACUGUUUAGAAUGUGAUUAGACUUCAGGAUAAGGAUAAGUUGAUUACCUCAAUAACAGAUGUUUAUCUAUCUGUGGAGAUGGUAUUAAAUCUAUGGAUGAAUAAUGCGAUGAUGGUAAUGAAUUACCUUAUGAUGGAUGUUAUGGGUGUUUGUAUGAAUGUUCAAGAGAAUGUAUUAAAUGUGUAGAUGGACUUUGUUAUGAAUGUUUAAGUCCUGAUUGGAUACUAAAAAAUAAUACUUGUGAAUGUGAAACAUGUUAAAAUUUAUGUUAAAAUGAAUGCUUAUCUUGUAUUAAAGGAGUAUGUUAUGAAUGUUAGUCUCCAGAAUGGAUCUUAGAUAGCAAUAAUAUAUGUGUUUAUGUAUGUGGGGAAUAAUGUAGCAAAAAUAUAUGCGGAGAUGGAAUAUUAAAUAUUUAAAUAGAAGAAUGCGAUGAUGGUAAUGAUUAAAUAAGAGAUGGUUGUUAUAACUGUUUAUUGGAAAAAGGAUUUUUAUGUUAUUACGAUGAGAAUAUGGUAUCUUAAGGUUGUAGUAGAUGUUAAGAUUUUAAUUGCCUUAAAUGUGAUUUAGUUAAUCAAUCAUAAAUUUGCUCAGAUUGUCUUCCAGGUUAUUUUAUUGAUGAAUUUAAGUAAUGUUAAUAAUGUGAUCUAAUGUGUGUUGAAUGCAGUCAGAAUUACAAAAACUGCACUACUGUAAAUCCUCAAUAUACAAAAAAUUAGUAAAAUUAACAAAAAAAAUGUAAUUUAAAUUAAGGACUUUUAAAUGAUUUAGAUUUUUACGAAUGUGUUUUAUAAUGUGGAAAUGGUGUUUUGGAUCUUCAUGAAUAAUGUGAUGAUGGUAAUAGAGAUGUUUAAGAUGGAUGUAAUGAGUUUUGUUAAUUAGAUGAAGGAUAUUUAUUUGAUCAUCUAACUCAUUCUCUAUAAAAAGAGCCCUCUAUUUAAGUUGAGAAAAAAUAAUCCAAUAAUAAUCAAUUUUCUCUUUUGAUAAAUUAAUAUUAAGAAUCAUUAAAUUUAUCAACUUUAACAGUCUCAAUUGAAGGAUUUUCAAUUUUAGAUUAUAAUUAUAGCGUCAUUGAAAACAAUAACUAAUUAGAUUUAAACUUUACUUAUAAAAAAACAAUAGAACCAGUCAAUUUAAUCCAUAUAUCUAUCUCUUAUAAAGAAUAUUAUAAAAAAAGAUAAUUAGAAGAAAAUAUUAAUAAGGAAAUAAUAAUUGUUCCUUAGAGAUAAGUAUAUGUAACUGAGGAAUAAAAAAUUUAAGGUGAAGCUAUGGCUUAAACUUAUUAAACUGUUUUUUAAGCUUAAAUAUAUUUGGUUCCUUUGGCAAUAACAUUUGGAGGAUUUUAAUUUUUUUUGGCCAUCCUUGACAUAAUGAGUUGGAUGAAUAACUUUUAUUUUUUAAAUGUUAAUUAUCCAGAAAAUGUAAGGAUAAUAUUUUAGUAAGCUGAAUGGAGCAAUAUAAUAAAUAUACCAUCUAUAAAUCUAUUUAAUAAGCCAACAGAUGAUUAUUACUUCUAAGCCCCAAUCAAGUUUGUUGAAAAAGAAAUAGAUCCUUUAUUAUUUAACAAUAUAUAAACACCAAUAAUUUUUGCAUUUUAAGUUGUAAUUACAUACUUUCUUAGUGUGAUGAUUAUUAAGAUAUUUGAAUUAAUAUGCAAGAAGAAAAGUAAAAAAAUUAAGAAUUAAGCAAGCAUCUUUUAAUUAGGCAAGGAUGUAAAGCAUGAAGAAUCAACAAAAACUUAAUAAUUAGUUGUAAUUCCAAACCUUUAUAAAGAUUUAUAAAUACCUAAAUCUCUUUAAUCAUUCUUUAAAAAUUGUGUUUCAAUAAAAAGUAAUUUAAUUGCUAAUUUAAUAAGAUCUUUUGCUAUAAGUUAUUUAGAUAUAACUUUAGCUGUGAUACUUUAAAUUACUAAUUAGUAAACAGCUCAUGAACUAAUCGUAAAAAUUAAUAUUAUUGCUGCUUAUGGAUUUCUUAUAUUAGUUUUGUAUUUAUUAAAUAUCUCUUACUAAAUUUCAAAUGCUCAUCAUAUCAAAUUAAAUAAUAAAUUGUUUUUUUAAAGAUAUAGUUGUUUCUAUGAAGAUAUGAAAACUGAAUCAUAAACUGCGAUGGCAUAUUCUUUUUUAAAUUUAAUACGGAAAACCAUUUUUAUUUUUUCAACUGUUAUUUUAUAUGCUUAUCCUAUCUUUUAAACAUUAAUAUGCUUUUUAUCAUGUCUAUUAAAUAUCUUGCUAUUAUUAUCAAGUAAUCCAUUUAAAACUAAGAAAUAAUAUAUCUUAAACUUAGUCCCUGAUUUUUGUAUAACAUUAAUUUUAGGUUCUACAAUAAUUUUUGCAUUUUAAGACAGAUUCAAAAUAUUAAAGGAUGAAUCUAUUUAUCAAAUUGGAUGGGUUGUGGGAAUAAGUAUUUAUUUGUCUAUUGGGUUGUAACUUUUCUUUUUAAUAUAUGAAAUAAUGCUUUCAUUUUGGUAGAAAUUAAAGUCAUUAAUUGCAUAUCUCAAAAAUAAAUGCACAAAAAAAUGA